GGGUGGUCUAUCGGACGUGAUAGUGGAGUAAAGUGGAGUAUCUGCCCGACGGAGUUCUUGUCGUGGAAUUCUCAAAUUGAUCUGAUACAAUCUAAUCUUGGACAUGGCAUAGUGAUCGGCGCAUGUAGAUAAAACACGAGGACGUUCCUUUAAAAAUGAUUAUCAUGAUGCCAUGGAGAAGUUUCCGCUGAAAGGUACAGCGUCCUUGAACUCGGCAAUUCUUCAUUCGAAUGCAAAUGCCGUUACAACAUAUCGUUCGGUUGAUGCAAAGAAUAUAAAGUAUGGUGACAUUACAGAGGAUGUACGACUACGAACCGGAACUGUAAGACGCGAGACAAAUCUAAGUAGCGACGACGACAUGCUGGAUAUCAAUCAUCACACGUCUCAUUCGGAUAAUAACGUGUUGUCGGAUUGCGUCCGCAUCGACGAUGCAUCUUCCCAUAUUUCAGUUGACUCUGAUGACAUACCUGGCAUCGGGCAGUAUGAUGAUUUCCAUACUAUCGAUUGGCAACGGGAUAUCGCGCGGGAUCGAAUGCGACAUCGUUAUAUCGUGAAAAAGAAGCACGAUUCUAUUUGGGGUUUAAUAAAAGGAGCUCACGACGCAUGGUCGGGAUGGCUGUGUGUUUUACUAGUUGGGCUUUUUACGGGAGUGGCGGCUGGUGUUAUAGAUAUUGGCGCUUCCUGGAUGACAGAUCUCAAAUUCGGUAUUUGUCCACAAGCUUUCUGGCUAAAUAAAGAGCAAUGUUGUUGGAGCUAUAAUGAGACUACGUUCGAUGGUGGAAACUGUUCACAGUGGAGGACAUGGCCCCAAGUAUUUGGUCAGUCAAAAGAGGGUGCAGGGCCUUAUACGAUAUCAUAUUUAUUUUAUACAGCAUGGGCGCUUCUGUUUGCAGCACUUUCUGCAUCUCUAGUGCGAAUGUUUGCUCCCUACGCUUGUGGCUCUGGAAUACCCGAAAUAAAAACUAUUUUGAGUGGUUUUAUUAUUCGCGGAUAUCUCGGUAAAUGGACACUGAUUAUUAAGUCAGUAGGUCUGAUUCUUUCGGUAUCGGCGGGUUUAAGUUUGGGAAAGGAAGGUCCCAUGGUACACAUUGCAUGUUGUAUAGGAAAUAUAUUUUCUUAUCUAUUUCCAAAAUAUGGUAGGAAUGAAGCAAAAAAGAGGGAAAUUUUAUCUGCCGCGGCCGCGGCGGGAGUUUCCGUCGCUUUUGGAGCCCCGAUUGGCGGUGUCCUGUUUAGCUUGGAAGAGGUCAGCUAUUAUUUUCCAUUAAAAACUUUAUGGCGAUCGUUCUUCUGUGCUUUGAUAGCUGCUUUUGUACUACGCUCCAUAAAUCCAUUUGGAAAUGAACAUUCAGUAUUGUUUUAUGUAGAGUAUAAUAAACCUUGGAUAUUCUUUGAAUUGAUUCCUUUCGUCAUGCUCGGUAUAAUUGGGGGAAUAAUAGCAACGUUAUUUAUCAAAGCAAAUUUAUUUUGGUGCCGAUAUCGUAAAACUUCCAAACUGGGACAAUAUCCUGUUACUGAAGUGUUAAUUGUAACAGUGGUAACAGCAGUAAUUGGAUAUCCUAAUCCAUACACAAGGAUGAACACUAGUCAACUUAUUUACUUGUUGUUCAGCCAAUGUGGAGUGUCAAAUGCGGAUAUGUUAUGUGAUUACAAUAGAAACUUCACCGCUGUGAAAUCUGCAAUCGAAAUUGCCGCGGCUGGUCCAGGAGUCUACAAAGCUAUAUGGCUACUCGUGCUGGCGCUGAUAUUAAAACUCAUUAUGACAAUAUUCACAUUCGGCAUGAAAGUUCCAUGCGGUUUGUUUAUUCCUUCUCUCUGUCUGGGAGCGAUAAUGGGUCGUAUCGUCGGAAUAGGAAUGGAACAACUCGCUUACAAUUAUCCUCACAUAUGGAUGUUCAGUGAGGAGUGUUCCAUGGGCGUCGACUGUAUAACACCUGGACUGUACGCGAUGGUCGGGGCUGCUGCUGUUCUUGGGGGUGUAACUAGAAUGACGGUCUCUUUAGUCGUCAUCAUGUUUGAAUUAACGGGCGGCGUGCGGUAUAUCGUACCUUUAAUGGCUGCAGCCAUGGCGAGUAAAUGGGUCGGCGAUGCUCUCGGGAAACAAGGCAUCUAUGAUGCUCAUAUUGGCUUGAAUGGAUAUCCAUUUCUGGAUAGCAAGGAUGAGUUUCAACAUACGACUCUGGCAGCGGAUGUCAUGCAACCCAAACGAAACGAAGCUCUUCACGUUCUUACUCAAGAUUCGAUGACGGUUGAAGAUGUAGAGAACUUGCUUAAAGAAACGGAACAUAAUGGUUUUCCUGUAAUAGUCUCGAAAGAAUCUCAAUAUCUAGUUGGUUUUGUUUUACGACGGGACCUCAAUCUUGCUAUUGCCAAUGCCAAGCGAAUGAUCGAAGAUAUUAGCAGGCAAUCGUUAGUUGUCUUUACUAAUGGAAACAAUAUUCAAAGUCAUUCGCCACCGCCCUUGAAAUUAAAAAAGAUAUUGGAUAUGGCCCCUAUCACUAUCACAGACCAAACUCCCAUGGAAACUGUAGUUGAUAUGUUUCGAAAAUUGGGAUUACGUCAAACUCUAGUUACGCAUAACGGGCGAUUACUAGGUGUAAUUACAAAGAAAGACGUUCUGAGGCAUGUAAAGCAGCUCGACAAUGAGGAUCCAAAUUCAGUUUUAUUUAAUUAAACAUUGCUGCUGCAAAUAGCCAACUUGAGAUUAUGAAUUCGACGCAUUAGCAUAAUAAAAUGAAAAACAUAUACAGAGAUAAUUUAUAUGAAUUUAAUUAUAUAAAAUGUAUUUUAUCUACUCCGUCAAUCUAUUUGCACACUUAAAUUAUUAUAACACUGUAUGUAAUUAGAUAGAAAUAAGCGUGCAAUAGGUUUAGAUUAUUAAAUUUGUAUAUUUAUCUUUAUUUGAAUGAGAAAUAGGGAAAACAAUUUUUUUUUUCUUUACCAUAUUUUACCGUAUCUGGUCAUAUACUGCGACCAGAAUUAUAUUUUUCACAUUGUAGUCAAUAAUGAAUCAAAUUGACAAUUCAUGUAAAUGAUUUACUAUGUACGUAAAAAAAGAUGUACAUAAUGAAUUAUUUACAUCGAAUUUUAUUCAUUAUUGGCGGUAAUGUGAAUAUUGUUAUGAUAUACACUUUUUUGAAUGGCAUUGUAAUUGCAUAAAUAUACGUUGUGUAUGAUGUUUCUUAUAA